UGAUUGUUUCAUUGUUGACCAGCUUUAGUAUUUUCUCUGUUGUUUUAAAUAAAAAUGGCAGACUCAGGCGUUGGGAGCCAGCAUUCUUCAACAUUUCCCAGCCCGUACCACAGCGUUGGUAAACACAGAGAGGAUUAUUUCUCAUUACCACCUAGUACAAACAUUCAUAUGUUGAAUACAAGCUCCAGCUUUAUGAAUGGCAGACCUAAUUCAGAAGAGAAAUACAAACAGCAGUUUACCAGCAAAGGAUUUAGUCAUGAAGAUUUUUAUUCUGAUGAAAAAGGCAAUUUCCCAUCGUAUUCAUACAAACAGGAUAAACAUGAUUUCGGUAUUCCCUCAUCUGUCUCUUCGUACCGCUCUGCUGAGCCAAGUAGUGGUGACGUUGGCUUUCAGCACGAUGUGCUUCUUAUUUAUGAUCCGGACACAGACUACUAUCAAGCUGAGGAGUUAAGAAAAGCAAUCGAACCUCAACAAUUGCGAAUAUUUGAUUUUGCGAAAGAUUGUCCUUCUGGAGGGGCUCAGAGUACGUUUCUGGAAAGUGCAUUCAAGACGUGCAAAUAUACCUGUAUUGUUGUUACCAGGAGCUUCAUUUCAAACUUUUGGUUGAAGUUCAAGACAGAUAUGGCGAUUCAGGAUAUGUUGCAGAACCAGCACAAGCGAUACAGCGUGGUUGUUGUGGUGAUGGACCUCAUGUUAAAGUCACAUGACCUCCCACUUGAUUUACAAACACUUACGCCAAUAUUUCAGUCAAGUAGAUUCUUUCAGAAUAAAAUUUCGAAAGCAUUUCAAGGCAUGCCUUUUCCCGUUCCAAAUUCUGGAAAUUUCUCCAACUCAUUCAAGUCAGUAAGCAUGCAAGAUCCAACUGUCCACGCUGUUGUAGAAACCCACAAGCCACAAAACUUUGACAGUCUAACAAGCUGGGGAACACUAAACCCGCAACGCAAAGAAAGGUUAAAGUCAUACUCACCAAUAAGAAACACUUCAUCUGACCCAGAAAUGAAACGAUAUUUAUCUCAUAAUGACCCUCGCGUUAACCUUUGCCGGCCCCAACUAAGUGACAAUCCGGAGCAUUAUCUAAGCACGAUAAUUCUCCCAUCUAACCCACCCCCCUACUCACCCUCAUUCACCAUGGAUUAUAAUCACCCUAGAAGAACACCUUCCCCACAAAGGGAGGCCAAUCACCAAGCAACUGAGCCAUCAGGGGGAUAUAUUCAGCAAGUGUUGAACAAACAGCCACAAUCAUCUGAACAACCAAUCUCUGCAUUCAGUUCCCAGUUGCGAGGUUCACGGACGCCCCGGGAGCAUUGUGACACUCCGCCAUCUUCAGUGGAUAAUGGUGCAUCAUCUCCAACAGAAUAUCAUCGAAUGGUCAGCAUCACAAGAAAUUCUAAUGGAGCUCGUCAACCGACUGAAGUUGAUGAUGCAGUAUGUUGCGACAGAGCAACGUAUCUCGACGCUGCUCAACAUGCGUCACUUCCCAACGCCUCGUGCUCUUCAUUCACAAGCAAUGCUAUGAACACAAUUCAAAUCUCACAAACAAGUGAAGAAAGAUUUUCUCCAAUAGUUAUACCACCAGCUGAAAAUAGUCCCCUAAGAGUGUCUCACUUCGAAUUCAGUGAGCGACAAGUGACAAGCAAUACGCCACCAACUUGUAAUAAUAUAACCCCCAGCAUUGGUGAAGUGGAAAUAUCUGAAAGAGAAUUGUCUAAUUUCAACAUACCACCUGUACAUGCAACACAAACACCAUUUGUUAAAUAUUCCAAUGAAACAACAAGCCUGUCAAUCAAAAACAAUCCCCCAACAGGCCCGUUUUCUGUACCAAAUUCAUCUAUAACACGACAUGCUUCCCUAAAUGCAAAGGCAACUUCGAAAUCUAAAAGAAAUGGUUGCCUGACCCCUCCAAUUUCCACACAAAGUGCUGAAAUACAAAGUAAUUCUGACUCAGACAAUUCCACGCAUGGCAGCAACAGCAGUCCGUCAGGCUCCUUUAGAAUUUCACUUUCAAGACUAACCAGAAAGUUUCGCAAACACUGAACUAAUUUAUAUUUAAACGUGUGCAAUUACCUUUUAUUGACUUUAAUAAGUUAUUGUUUUGGAACUUAUAAAUAAAGUGCUUUAUUCAAAGAUAUAAAUGCUUGUUCUACUUCUUGUGAAAAUGAAUUUAGGCAAUGUUUUAUAUUCUUUGUUAGAAAAACUCUAACGAAUUACCACGAUUAUAAAUGCUCCGACGACCAAAUUUGAAUAUAUAUAUCAAAGUCUUUUCUUGCUGACAGUUUUUUUACAAAUAUUUUAUAAACGCUGAGAUUAUUUUUAUACAUUGCAAACAAUUUAAGUCCAUUGAGGUAUUUUAUGCCCACCGUGAAUAUUUUAAAUCUCCCUUAAUAAAUAAAAGCAUUUAG